AUGACAAAUAAAAGAGAUGGACCAACUGCUGCUUCGGAAAGGAAUCACAGCACGACAACACACGGAGCAGAGGAGAUACAAUACAGUACUACAUCGACAAUGGCAAGUCUAAAAACAAAGGCACAAAAUGUGCAAUGUACAUGGGAACCAUCUCAAAAAACAGAAUCCCUAACUCAUUACUACUAUACGAAAUCAAAACCUACCAUGCUAACUACAACCACAGAAUUUUACAGUAAAACUGUCAACAAGGAAACAAAAAUAAAGGAUGAUGUAAUUACAUUAACAUCCAUUGAUGAUGGUUACAUUGAAGAUGAUAGAAAAAGCUUUGUUGUAGCUCUUGUAAAGGUUAAACCACCGCUCAACAUAAUUUUUGGUUGUACAUUAUCUGUAGUGAAUAGUUAUUGGACGAUAACUGCAGCUAGUUGCAUAGAGUCUGUAGAAGAGGUAGACUCUUUGGAUUCAUUUAUUAUUAUGGAGGGUUUUGGAGAGGAAAGCCAUGGGAAUUUACAUACUAUAUCUGAUAUUAAUAUCCAUCCUAUUUACCAAGGGAACAACAAAAGCUAUGAUAUAGCAGCUAUAAAGUCUGAAGAUGGUAUGAAUGUCUUAAAAACGGCUACACUGCCCAGUAGUUUAGAUUACCUUUUAAUUAAUUUUGGUGAAGAUUUGAGUAUUUUGGGAUUUGGUAAGUUCAGAAGUAUAGACAAAAAUCCAAAAUUACGCCAGGUUCGUAGUGUAGCUGUAAAUGUAGUGCCCCUGCAACAGUGUGAUCCUGGAGAUGAAAAUUGGUCACUCCGACAUUUGUCUGGGGGCGAGACAGUCUCACGCGCAGGAUGCGACGUCAUAGGGCGACCCAUUUGUGCAGUCCCAAAAAAGGGGGGAGCAUGUAACUACUGCGCAGGCACACCGUUGCUACGGAAACAUGUGAUUCUUGCUAUCAUGAGCGACAACAAGCACUGUGGACUAGCAUGUGAAUCCAACUCAUACGUCAACUUGGUAGGUUUGCUAGCGUGUUCCCUGGUGAUGGCGGCGCUGGUGGCUGGAACGCUUACAGUCUCGAUAUUCCAGUUCAUCACAGCUGCUGCAGGAAAUGAUACUUCAACCGAUAUAUAG